CGUUUACCACCACUUGGCAGGUACCCACUUCUCUCUUUAUCUGUUUCGGAUCCCGUUGCUUCUCUGUCUCUGCACUCAAGUCCAUUGUUACUGGUACACCUGCAGAAUUGCUUGCUGCCUCUGUUUCUUGAAGACCAUGGGAAAGUGUUCUGCGGGGGAUGGAGCAAAUUUGGUCAGUUUGUGAUGGGCAGUGAGGAGGAGAAAUAUGUUAAAAUUGAUGCUUGGUUGCUGCAAGGUAUACAUAUCUGAAACCCGGAACAGGGCUGCUCUGGAGGCAAUAGAACAGGCUGCCAAGCUAUUCCCAGAAGUUGCGAUUAUCAAUAAGUUUGAAGAUGAGGCUUACAAUAGAGUUGGUUACACCCUUGUCUCCAAGUUGGCUCCAAAGCCAUCUUGCCACUCAUGUUCCUUGAGAAGUGCUGUGCUUUCCAUGGUUAAGGCAGCUUUGGAGACAAUUGACCUCGAGUUGCAUUGUGGAAGUCAUCCUCGGCUUGGAGUUGUUGACCACAUAUGCUUUCACCCCCUGGCAUAUGCUUCUUUGAUCCAAACAGCUGGGAUUGCAAAGUCGUUGGCAGCAGAUAUUGGCUCUAGUAUGCAAGUCCCUACUUUUCUAUAUGGAGCUGCCCAUGAGGAGGGGAGGACGCUUGAUUCUAUCAGAAGAGAGCUGGGUUAUUUCAAGCCAAACUCUGGUGGAACUCAAUGGAGUGGAGGCCCAAAAUCAGAGUGCCUGCCACUGAAGCCAGACGAGGGUCCAGCUCAAAUGAGUAAAGCAAAAGGUGUCGUAGUAAUUGGAGCAACCCGGUGGGUUGAUAACUACAACAUCCCUGUCUUCUCUACCGAUAUCGCUGCUCUUCGUAGGCUUGCAAAGCGUUUAAGUGGGAGAGGAGGUGGGCUUCCUUCAGUACAAGCCAUGGCACUAGCACAUGAUGAUGUGACUGAGGUAGCUUGUAAUUUGCUGGAACCAAGUAAAGUUGGAGGAGAUAUAGUUCAACAAGAAGUUGAGAGGCUUUCGAGGGAAGAGGGUAUGGCUGUGGGGAAGGGAUAUUUCACUGAUCUAUCACAGGAAGAAAUAGUUGAAAGUUACUUAAAGUUGGAUCCUUGACUGCAAGAGAAAAUGAAAUAAGAAGGAAGCUCUUUUUUGAACUUUUAUGAAAGGGUUUCUAAUGAAAGGUGAUUUUUUUUUUU